UUAACAUUAAGGAUAUUUUCACUGUAAAAUAGCAUGAUAUUUAUAAUUGUAAUAUAAUCUAUAUAAUUAUAUAUUUAUUAAUAAAACUAUUAAUAUAUCUCAUGAGUUUUAAAAUAAAUUGUGUAACGUGAUAAAUUUUUGUAAUAUAUAAAAUGCUUCUAAUUUGCGGAGGUUACGAAGGUGUUUUGAUCGGUUUAGAUUAUGAUCCCGAAAAGCUCAAAAGUUUGAAAAUUCCAGAGAAUCCUUCCUCAGAUGGCCCCUCUGAACAUGAGGAAAUUAACGGCCAGAAUAAACCUUUUACACAGCUUUUCAGGCUUCUAUGCUCCCAAGGUUCCAUAAAGUGUAUGGAUUUACAUAGUAACGUCCUAGUUUGCGGCGGCUCCGAUGAAACAGUACAAGUGUAUAAUAUUGAAAAGAGUACUAAACAUGGCGAAAUAAUGCUUCCAGAAGGUUACAUCACUUCGGUGGCCGUUUUCGGAGGAGUAAAUAAGGGCUCAGUUUUGGUAGGAAACGAAUACGGCGAAAUUUCCUUAUUUUUAACAAGGGACUUGAGCUUUCAAAAGUCAUUUAAAGGCCAUAAAAAGGAGAUUUCAGGCCUAUCGUUUCACUCCGAAGGCAAGGCCUUUAUCUCUGUCGGCCUUGACUGUUACCUAAGGCUGUGGGACCUAAACUCUAAAACCUGUAUUUUCAACACUAAACUUAACUUUACACCAUUAAGUGUCAAAUGGUCAAACGGCUCUAAAUACAUUUUAUCAUCAGAAAAUCAGGUAUUUGUGUGCAGUAGUGAAGAUGAUACAUUUCAAACCAUUAAAUCGCUUCCAAAUGAUAAAGUAAUAUGUUGUUCUUGGUAUGCAGACUCUGCUGUGGUUGUCGGAUUCAAGUCAGGACUGGUUUCUAUUCAUAAUGUUGACACUCAUGGUGAUUCUGAUAAAGGAUCAGUUUUAGCCAGUAGUAAAUUACACAAUAAGAGGGUCAAGUCUGUAGUUGCCAAGAAUGGUUACAUUUUCAGUGGAGAUUCUGAGGGAACUGUUAUAUGCUGUAAACUUAUAGAUGAAAAAUUACUUCCAAUCUGGAAACAUGAUAUUGGUUUUAGACUUAAUGUACUAGUUUCAUAAAUAUGCUACAUAAUCUAAGCCUGAAUGAUGAUAUACUAAUGACUAGUAAGCAUUGGCGAAAGUGCUCAAUCUUGCCACUAAAAGAAAUCUUUGUUCCUACACUAACCGUUUGAACAGUAAAUCUUUUAGACAAUCGCACACGCCCUUUGGCGAAAUCAAAUUUGUUCCGAGAUGGAUUCUCAUCUUUUUUUCAAAUUUGGACAAUAAUCGGCAAGAUUGUCAACUAGGAUGAUUCCUCUUUAGUAAUCUGACAGGCCAAUGUAACUAUACUACUACUAAUAUAAUAUACACUGUG